UUCAUUGAACUGUAGCUUUUCAAACAUUUGUUUAUUUAACUCUUGCAGUGUUAUUCUGUUUAAUUAAUUAUUCUUUCAAUAAUGUUGCUAAGAAAAUAUGUAUUAUUGGUUGCGCUGUCUUGUGGACUAUGCGAAGAUCUCAAAGAUUUAAACAUAACUGAGCUUAUUAAAUUAGGACAAGACAUAUCACAAGUUAGACCUUACGAAGCAUCAACAUCAGAUGUACAAUUUUAUAUUGUUGCCGAUCUAGAAGGUGUACCUGUUUUGCUGACAUCUGACAACACAGACUUGGUUAGUCCUGAUAAAGAUACUAAAAUUAUUAUACAUGGAUGGAUAGAAAACCAUAGAAGAUCCUGGUAUAAGACUAUAGCAGAUGAAUAUUUAAAAAUAAAUGAUAUAAACUUCAUCGAAGUUGACUGGGAAAAUAUUGCCAGAUUGCCUUACAUAAGUUCAGCCAAGAACCUUAAAUUUGUUGGUGAUGAAAUAGUAAAAUUUAUCGCAGAUAUGAACUUAUCUGCAGAAAAAAUACAUGUCAUAGGACAUUCUCUCGGAGCACAUGUAGCUGGGAUCGUUGGUAAAGGAAUUUUGGAAAAGUCUGGUCUAAAACUGGCACGAAUUAGCGGAUUAGAUCCUGCAGGUCCCUACUUUAGAGACCCCCUGAUUUCAUCGAAAGAUCGGCUAGAUAAAAAUGAUGCAGAGAUUGUAGAUGCAAUUCAUACAGAUGCGGGAUUCUAUGGUUAUGAAAGUCCUAUAGGUACCCUUGAUAUAUAUGUUAAUAGAGGCAGAAGAGUCCAACCCGGUUGUCUAAGUGACUUAACUCCCAAAUCUUUAGGAGAGAUGCUGACAACAUCUUUUUGCAGCCAUGCUAGAUCGACUGUAUACUUCGCAGAAUGGAUAAAUAUUGGAAAGUUUAAAUGUUUAUUCCACCAAAGAACAGUAUCAUUUAGCUCAGAUGAAGUAACCAAAGAUGUUACAGGAGUUUGUUAUGCAACCACUAACAAAGAAGAGCCGUUCUUGCAGUAGCACGUACAGAUGGUUUAGUAGAAAAUAAAGCAUAUUAUUUUUUUAA